AUGUCCUCCCGCAGCCCCCGGCCCCCGCCCCGCCGCUGCCGCCGCCGCCUGCCGCGCCCCUCCUGCUGCUGCUGCUGCUGCCGCCGCUCGCACCUCAACGAGGACACGGGUCGCUUCGUGCUGCUGGCGGCGCUCAUCGGCCUCUACCUGGUGGCGGGCGCCACAGUCUUCUCCGCGCUCGAGAGCCCGGGCGAGGCGGAGGCGCGGGCGCGCUGGGGCGCCACGCUGCGCAACUUCAGCGCGGCGCACGGCGUGGCGGAGCCAGAGCUGCGCGCCUUCCUCCGGCACUACGAGGCCGCGCUGGCUGCCGGCGUCCGAGCCGACGCGCUGCGCCCGCGCUGGGACUUCCCUGGCGCCUUCUACUUCGUGGGCACCGUGGUAUCGACCAUAGGUUUCGGCAUGACCACUCCCGCGACGGUGGGCGGGAAGGCCUUCCUCAUUGCCUACGGGCUGUUCGGCUGCGCUGGGACCAUCUUGUUCUUCAACCUCUUCCUGGAGCGCAUCAUCUCGCUGCUGGCCUUCAUCAUGCGCGCCUGCAGGGAGCGCCAGCUGCGCCGCAGUGGCUUGCUGCCGGCCACCUUCCGCCGCGGCUCGGCGCUCUCCGAGGCCGACUGCCUGGCGGGCUGGAAGCCCUCGGUGUACCACGUGCUGCUGAUCCUGGGCCUGUUCGCCGUGCUGCUGUCGUGCUGCGCCUCGGCCAUGUACACCAGCGUGGAGGGCUGGGACUACGUGGAUUCACUCUACUUCUGCUUCGUCACUUUCAGCACCAUCGGCUUCGGGGACCUGGUGAGCAGCCAGCACGCCGCCUACCGGAACCAGGGGCUCUACCGCCUGGGCAACUUCCUCUUCAUCCUGCUCGGCGUGUGCUGCAUCUACUCGCUCUUCAACGUCAUCUCCAUCCUCAUCAAGCAGGUGCUCAACUGGAUGCUGCGCAAGCUAAGCUGCCGCUGCUGCGCGCGCUGCUGCCCGGCGCCCGGCGCGCCCCUGGCCCGGCGCAACGCCAUCACCCCGGGCUCCCGGCUGCGCCGCCGCCUGGCCGCGCUCGGCGCCGACCCCGCGGCCCGCGACAGCGACGCCGAGGGCCGCCGCCUGUCGGGCGAGCUCAUCUCCAUGCGCGACCUCACGGCCUCCAACAAGGUGUCGCUGGCGCUGCUGCAGAAGCAGCUGUCCGAGACGGCCAACGGCUACCCGCGCAGCGUGUGCGUCAACACGCGCCAGAACGGCUUCUCCGGCGGCGUGGGUGCGCUGGGCAUCAUGAACAACCGGCUGGCGGAGACCAGCGCCUCCAGGUAGACCGCCCGGCCGCGCCACGGACCCUGGGCGGGCUGGCGUGCUGCCGGCCGUGGUUUGCUUUCCUUCUCAGACGCUGGCGCUUUCUUAAUCUUUAUCCAAUAAAA